AUGCUGUGUGAUCUGGGUGCCGAUGUGGUGAAAAUUGAGCCGCCAGAUGGUGAUGUAACGCGCCUGUGGGGCAAAGUGAUCGCGGGACUGCCUGGUUAUUAUCAUCAGCAGAACGCCGGUAAACGAAAUAUCUGUGUUGACCUGCGCGCACCGGGCGCGCGGGAAUUGAUGCUGGAAAUGGCCGCUGAGGCUGACAUAGUGAUUGAAAAUUACCGACCGGAUGUGAUGGAUCGUCUGGGUUUGGGUUACGACGACUUAUCAGCUGUGAACCCUGAACUGAUCAUGCUGUCGAUCUCCGGUUUUGGCAGGAACGGUCCGGAAAGUCAUCGUGCGGCCUAUGCGCCGAUUGUGCACGCUGAAACGGGCCUGAUGGCGCGUCAGGCACAGCGCUGGGAUAUCCCAUUCUCAGACCUGCCGCUUUCUGUGGCCGACACCAACGCCUCUCUACAUGGUCUGGUGGGGCUGCUCGCAGCGGUGAUUCAGCGUCACAGCACCGGUCAGGGCCAGCAUAUUGAUAUCGCCAUGAUGGAUGCCACGAUUGCGACAGAUGAUCAAACCCACUACGCCAUUGAAGCUGCCGGCGGCAGUGGUCCCUUACCCAAUGAAACCUGGGAAACCGGUGCCGGUCCGGUGCUUGUAUCGGCGGACAUCCGCUAUUUCUGGAAACAGUUGAGUACGUGCCUGGAUGUUGCUGAUCCGGCCACUCCGGAGACGCCGUUUAAAGAAAAAAUCGCGCUGCGUCGGGCAUGUAUCAAGGCGUAUAUGUCACAACUCGACAGCCUGGAAGCGGUCGAGGCGGGCAUGGCAAAAAUGAACCUGGCCUGGGGCGAAGUCCGCGACCCAACAGACAUCGUCAAUCAGGUGACGGUGAAACAUCGGGGUGUGAUCACCCAGGUGGAUGAUCGGCAAGGCGGUACUCGACCGGUGACCCAGUCACCUUAUCGGUUCUCCAAGGCUAAAAGUGGCGUGAGAGGACCCGCACCUUAUAGAGGUGAACACAACCAUGAGGUGCUUGUGCAGUGGUUGGGGAAAAGCGAUCAGGACAUCGAGGCGCUGGGCGUGCAGAAAAUUCUGCAGGAGACCGGUGUGAGUGACAAGAUAACGCUGACCGAUUUAGACGCCACCGCCGCAUCAGCGGAAGAUGGCGCAGAGCAGUUGGAACUGGAAAGUAUUCACGACUUUGCCACCAAGUUAACCCUGCCCGGUUCCAAAGACGCGCUGGAACAUUACGUCAACUGGCAGAUCGCUUUGCGCGCAGGCGGCGCGCCGGACGGUGUGGAUUUUGAUCCGGAUAAAGUGCCUGACUUUGCACCGCUGUCGAUUAACCUGGAUCUCACAACCGCCUGCAACUAUCAAUGCGACCACUGCGUCGACCUGGAUAUUCUCAAUACCGGCAUUCGUUACGAACACGACAAGCUGAUGUCAUCUAUCGAGCUGAUGGCCAAGCGCGGGCUGAAAUCUGUGAUUGUGAUUGGCGGUGGUGAACCCACGCUGUAUCCCAAGUUUGCUGAAGCUAUUCGUUUCAUGAAAGAGCUGAAGCUGCAGGUGGCCAUCGUCUCCAACGGCACCGGCAAUAAGAAAAUUGCUGAAGUGGCGGAUUGUAUGGACAGCCAGGAUUGGGUACGUCUGUCCCUUGAUUCCGGCACUGACCCGACUUUCCAGGCGAUGCACAAUCCGCGCAAAGACUUCAAGUUGGAAGACAUCUGCGCAGUUGUACCCAGUAUCAAAGCUGCUAACCCGGAUCUUACCGUUGGUUUUUCUUAUAUCGUGACAUGGCAGGGUGCGUUCAUUAACGAUACCAACAUUGUUGAAAACCUGCAUGAGAUCGCGCGCGCAGCCAAGUUGGCAAAAGACAACGAAUUCAGCUAUAUCAGCUUUAAACCCUUCCUGACACGUGAUGAAUUGAAUAAUGCUGAAGUGAUCGAUAUCAAGGCACAGGAAAACCUCGCCAACACCAUCGAACGGUACUCAGUCCUUUAG